AUGUCUCACGACGACCGCCCUUCUGUCCCCUUCUCCCCCACCCACUGUCACGUCACGUCGCCACUCAAGAAGCACACGGGCGCGUCGCGUUCGCCUCUCGUCGCCGGCGCGGACUUUCGCAGCCCGCGCCGGCCGCUUUCCGGCGCAACCCGCAGCAGCCGCUGCCACGGGAUGGCGCGCGGGGGGGCGUGGCUCCCCAAGUGGGAACUUGACAACGACGACGAGCCGGCGGUAACGGAGGCGGGUGAAAGGAAACCCAGGAGGCAAGCCAGGAAUUGGCAGGACAUUGAGGUGGUUGAUAACGGAAAAGUAGAAGAGUUUUCAAAAAAAGGCGCGGAGAGCAGGAGAUCUGCACCGUUGGCCGGAACGGCCGCGGGGAACGAGCAAGAGACGGAAAUGGACGAGUCGAUCUCACCAGCCUGCGUGCUGGCCACGGCAACGCAGGAAGCGCUUGCCAUGGCGGCGGCUGAGGGCUGCUGUUGCGAAGCUGGCGAUGAUGGAGCGAGCAGCGCGGAACCGGCGGGACGGAUUUGCGCUGAGGUCGCUGUGCCGGAGAGUGAGGGGCAGGACGUGGCGGAAUCUGAGCGGAAAGUUGUCGCUCCAAACGCCUGUGGUUCCCCCUCCCAUAACGUCUCUGCAGCAGCACCUGUCUUGUCGAACAUAGAGGUGGAACUAGACCAACGCCGGGAGGCGCUUGGGGGGAUGCUGGCGGUGCUGCAUCAGCGGAUGAGUUCCCUUAGAGCCCUGGCAGGGGGGGACGGAAGUGGGGGGGGAUGCGGGGUAGAAGGGGAGAUCCUAAAAGUGAUGGAUGAGAGAGAGGAUGGUGAGAACGAAGAUGAGGAAGUAGAGGAGGGAAUUGAGACUGAAGAUGGGUAUGGCGUGGCGGAUGAGGAGGGGCGGGAAGGGGAGGUGAACGGCAUGUGUUGCAACAGUCUAGCGAACGUAUUGCAGUGUCCAGUAGAGGGCACAACUGGUGCUGGUGUCGCUGCUGGCAGCGUGACGAGCACGGAAAGCUCAGCCAAUGUGGGCAGCGGGUAUGGGGAGAACGCAAGCUGUGUGAAAGCUCUGUGCGAGAAAGCGCGGGAGAUUCUCGUGGAGGAGAGCAAUGUGCAGCCCGUGCGCUGCCCGGUGACCAUUUGCGGGGACAUCCACGGGCAGUUUCAUGACCUCGCGGAGCUCUUCCGCAUAGGCGGCAAGUCCCCCGAUACGAAUUACCUGUUCAUGGGGGACUAUGUGGACCGAGGCUACUACUCCGUGGAAACCGUGUCGCUGCUGGUGUCGCUGAAGGUGCGGCACCCUGACCGCAUCACCAUCCUGCGAGGCAACCACGAGAGCAGACAGAUCACUCAAGUGUAUGGUUUCUACGACGAGUGCCUACGCAAGUAUGGCAGCGCCAAUGUGUGGAAGAUGUUUACAGACCUCUUUGAUUACUUCCCUCUCACAGCACUUGUGGAGUCGCAAAUUUUCUGUCUGCAUGGCGGUCUCUCCCCCUCCAUAGACUCGCUGGACCAUGUGCGCCAGCUCGACCGCAUCCAGGAGGUGCCGCAUGAGGGACCCAUGUGCGACCUGCUCUGGUCCGACCCUGACGACCGCUGCGGCUGGGGCAUCUCCCCUCGUGGCGCUGGCUACACAUUUGGUCAGGAUAUUAGUGAACAGUUUAAUCAGAACAAUGGACUCAACCUUGUUGCACGUGCUCACCAGCUGGUGAUGGAAGGGUACAACUGGGCACAUGAGCAAAAGGUUGUGACAAUCUUCAGUGCACCCAACUACUGCUACCGCUGUGGCAACACUGCUGCAAUCCUGGAAGUCGAUGAAAGCAUGAGUCAAACUUUUAUUCAGUUUGAACCUGCUCCAAGACGAGGCGAACCCGAUGUCACUCGCCGGGCACCUGACUACUUCCUCUGA